AUGGCACCAGGGCUCCAGGCUGCGCGCAACCCACGUGAGUGCGACCUAGCCCUUACCCUUCUAGGAUUUUUGCUUCUUCCCGAAACGUCUCUUGCUCUCACAUCCACCCUCUCUCACCACCACAACGCCAAUAUCCCACCUCAACAGCUCCGACUGCAAUACGCCACUCUGGAGAGCAGCCUACUUCGUCUCCCCGGAGAGCUAAGAAACAAGAUAUACAGCUUCGCGCUCACCGAGGAAGCAGGCCUACUCUACCGUGAGGACGACUAUGGCGUUAGCAGGCUCUGCGUCCACACACUCGAAAGCGAGCCUAGCGGCCUUCGAGAUGCCAACCAGCUCCGAUUCGUCAACCGCCAAUUGCAUCCGCUACAACGAUAUCACUUUGAUGACGUAUCAUUAAGGAAGACCUUCGAUAAGUGUAUGAACUUUCUUCGCCCUUUGCCGAGUGAGCAGCACGCUCACAUCCGCAUCAUCACCUUGGAAUGCCUUGAUGCGAAACUCGAAACCCCCAGCUCGACUGAUCUGUAUAACUACUGCCGAGAUCACCCAAUGGCUACGGUCAAUGCGCGCCUCGCCGCCUUCGAUCCGUACAACAACCUCUUCAUGAAGAUGGUGCUACUCCUCGCAACCCGCGAGGAGAAGAAUCUCGGCUUUCCCAAGAGGCGCCCUUGGGGGGAUGGCGAACUCUUUCCUCUGUUUCGAGCGACCUUGGAUCGAUACACAGUCAACGCGCUCGAAGCCGUAUGCCGAAAUGAAGAUGGGGAGCAGUCCACUCCAAACAAUCUUCGCUACUUUCCCAUGGACGAAGUCUUGGACGAAGCUAAAUUUCGGAAGGUCCUUGUGUGA